AAUUCUCUCUCUCUCUCUCUCUCUCUCUCUCUGUCUCUCCACCAUGGCUUCGAACACCAACAUGCAGGGCUACGGAUCCGACCCGGCAUCGCCCCACACGACCUUCGUCCAGGCCGACCCGUCGAACUUCCGGGCCAUAGUCCAGAGGCUGACCGGUGCUCCCGAAGACCCUUCCGCCCACAAGCUCCCCCUCACCCUCCCUUCUAGGCUCACCCCCAAGCCGCCACCGGCGGCCUCCGUCUCGGACGCGGGGCUCCGGCGGCCCGCCUUCAAGCUCCACGAGCGGAGGCAGAGGAAGCUCGACAUGAUCCAGCUCAACAACCACAAGAACAUCGGGUUCUACGCGGACACCAAGCACGUCCUCGCUUCCCCGCCACCUCCUCCCGCUUCGUCCCUCUCUCCGACGUGGCUGAGACAGUACGGGAAAAGAGGCGGCGAGGCGGUGAUGGUGUCGCCGGUGUCGCCGCUGGAUCUGUUCGGGAGGGCGAGCCCAAGGACGCCGACGCCGACGACCCCGACAUUGCUGUCGCCGCGCGAAGAGGAAGAAGCCGAGGAGAGAGCGAUUGCGGAGAAAGGGUUCUACUUGCGCCCGAGCACUCCGAGACAAGCCGAGCCUGAGCUGCUUCCCCUCUUCCCUCUGCACUCUCCUAGCGACCAAGAUCGUCCCUCAUAAUUAAACCUUAGUUUAGCUAACAAAAAACAAGAUCUUUUAAUUCUUUCUCCUCUCCUUCUUAUCUGUCCUUUAUAUUUUCUUCUGGUUCUUGAUGCGUCUGGUGCUAUUAAUUUUGAUCUGGUUUCCUGAGUUCUUCCUUGAGGACCGAUGUUAGUUUGGCUUUCGUCGGUCGCGUGACUAAUAUGUACUGUACUGUUGCUAUUUGAUUGAUUGUGUACUUUGUUCUUUU